AUGACAUCUAAAGCUGAGAUACAAGCCAAUACCGUCCAGCGCUUCAUCGAAGGUUGGCGGAAAUACACACCCGAGGCAUUCCUCGCCACCUGGUCCAGUGAUUGUACGCAACAGACAUUACCAUUCGCUUCCGGCACACCCGUCCGCACUCGUCAGCAUGUCGAACACUUGUUUCCCAUCCUCAUGACGGUUAUGACCGAAUUUGAACUUACCAUUCAUAACGUCAUCCACGACGUCCCCCAGGGGCAGUCUGUCAUCUAUGCCCUCACCAAGGCAGAGUUGCCAUUUGGGCCCUACCGUAACGAGCAUGCUCUCUUCCUGUGGUUCAAUGAGUGCCGCACCGAGAUUGUGAAGAUCGAGGAGAUGUUCGACGCGGUUGUCAUGAAGGAGGUCUUACCCAAGCUUGAUCAGUAUAUAGCUCAGCAAAAGGCAGAAAUGGCGGAAGCUCGAGGACUGCCACUAGAAGCGCAAAAGCCGGCAAUCGCCACUUUUGUGAACCAUUGA